UGCCCUACCAGUUUUUAAUCUCAUAUGGGUGUCACGGGUUCAGGCGGUUGCUUUCACUCAGGAUCGCGAUAAUCGUAUUCCGCAUAUUCGCACACCGCCAUAAACCGACAAUUUCGUUGGAUUUAUAUGAUCUGUUACCGGAGUAACACCGUCACGUUGUUGCAAUCAAAACGAUGACUCGUGCAGCUGUGCGCGCUCCCAGGCGAUCCCCGUCAUGAGCGCGCACUGAAUGCGCUCGCUGCCUCGUUUCAUGUCGUGUGCUGGAGCCACUCAACAUUAUUGACUAUGGGAUUCUGAGCCCGUUUCAUUCAUACACCGAAAGCGAUAAAGCAGACGUCAACCUAAACGAGCAGGGUUUGAUUUACACCACAAUUUUGGGAGUCGACAGGGCCUAGGCCAUGGGUGCAACGAAGAGUAAACCCAAAGACAUAGGCCAGCGUUCCCGUAGUCUAGACGAUGGCAAUGGAGGAAACCAUCACGGUUCAAAUCAAUCAUCCUUCACGCCCAACCGGAGCCCGCCUGUGGACAGUACCAGACGUGGCACCCAACCCACUAUCAUCAACGCGGAGCAGGCGCUGUUUGGAGGAGUCAUCUCCACGAACAACAGCAUAACCUCUCCUCAAAGGGGCAUGCUAGCAGGCGGAGUGACCACUUUUGUGGCUUUGUAUGACUAUGAGUCACGCACAGCUUCUGAUUUGUCAUUCAGGAAAGGAGAACGACUCCAGAUUGUCAAUAACACGAGAAAGUUGAACCCCAGGGAAGGUGAUUGGUGGCUGGCUCGUUCACUGACGACUGGAGAAAGCGGCUACAUUCCCAGCAAUUACGUGGCACCGUCUGACUCCAUCCAGGCUGAAGAGUGGUACCUUGGAAAGAUCACACGCAGGGACUCUGAGCGUCUCCUCUUGAGUUUGGACAACAGGAGGGGAACGUUCCUGGUCAGAGAGAGCGAAACCACCAAAGGUGCCUACUGUCUAUCCGUCCUGGACUACGACAACGUCAAAGGCCUGAAUGUCAAACAUUACAAGAUCAGGAAACUGGACAGCGGGGGAUUUUACAUCACUUCACGCACACAGUUCACCACUCUUCAGCAGCUGGUCAACCACUACCGGCAACAUGCCGACGGCCUCUGUCACUGUCUGACCGAUGUGUGUCCAGUACAGAAACCACAAACCACAGGUCUGGCACGAGACGCCUGGGAGAUUCCACGCGACUCUCUCAGACUGGAUGUCAAACUGGGACAGGGUUGUUUUGGAGAGGUUUGGAUGGGUACGUGGAACGGUACGACGCGUGUGGCCAUUAAAACCCUGAAGCCUGGCACGAUGUCUCCUGAGGCUUUCCUGCAGGAGGCCCAAGUGAUGAAGAAACUCCGUCAUGAGAAACUCGUGCAGCUGUACGCCGUCGUCUCAGAGGAACCCAUCUACAUCGUCACUGAAUACAUGGGACAAGGAAGUCUGUUAGAUUUCCUGAAAGGUGACAUGGGAAAAAUGCUGCGUUUGCCUCAGCUGGUAGAUAUGGCUUCCCAGAUUGCCUCCGGUAUGGCGUACGUGGAGAGAAUGAAUUAUGUACACAGAGACCUGAGGGCUGCAAACAUCCUGGUGGGUGAUAACCUGGUGUGUAAAGUGGCUGACUUUGGCCUCGCCCGACUCAUAGAGGACAACGAAUACACGGCCAGACAGGGAGCUAAAUUCCCCAUUAAAUGGACUGCACCGGAGGCAGCACUGUACGGGCGCUUCACCAUCAAAUCUGAUGUGUGGUCAUUUGGGGUUUUACUGACUGAGCUGACCACUAAAGGCAGAGUCCCCUAUCCAGGCAUGGUGAACAGGGAGGUUUUGGAUCAGGUAGAGCGUGGGUACAGGAUGCCCUGUCCCGCCGAAUGCCCUGAAUCCCUGCAUGAUCUCAUGCUCACCUGUUGGCGCAAGGAGCCCGAAGAGAGGCCGACCUUUGAGUAUCUCCAGAGCUUUCUGGAGGACUACUUCACCUCUACCGAACCACAAUAUCAACCAGGAGAAAACCUCUAGAGAUGCCAUCCAGUGUGAGAGCAAAGAAACUAGUCUUGGCUUUGUCUCCAAACAUUCACAGGGGAUGACAUGCAGAGCCAUCCAAAAGGAAAAUAUAGGCCUCUGUUUAAAAUGCAUUGACUUCUGCCGUCUAAAGCAUCGCUCCCUGUAAUUACCAUUGCAUGUUUUUUUCACUUGGACCUCUGCUUUCGUUUUAAAAAAACGAGACGCAGCUUUUCUGCAUCGGUUGCAAGAAAUGCAACCACAAAUUGCUUCUUCAGCCGUGCAGCCGUGACGUUUUUUGCGGAUAAUCAUUUCGAGUAAUUUUCAAGGCUCAGUAAUUGAUCUUUAGCUGUUUUUCUUGACCUCGAUGUAUUGCAGCAGAUGCUCCAGAUCUGUCAAUCAUGCGUUUGUCUCCUCCCCCCACAAAACCCUGCUCAUCAUCUCCACUCCUAGCCUCCUCGAUGCUCUUCAUGAACCCACUGACCCGGUUUCGACCAAAUUACAUCAAGUCAAGGGAAAGGUACGUGAUGGGCGUCACCGUCGAUCAGACGUCGGGUGCAAGAUGAACGUUAUUCCUGUACAUUUGGGAGACAUUUGUGGUUGUACUUUAGUAAAACAACUAAACAUUUGUUUUACUUCUUUAGUCUGAUGAACAGAUGUUCAGGUUAAUGUCUUCCAAUAGAUAUCCAGGGUCUGUAUUUGAACAAAUGUGGUAUUUUAUGCCUUUUACUGGUUGUCACUAUGUUAUUCUUUGUGUCAUUCUGGAUCAACUGGAAUAAAAAAAAGUGAUUGGCCGAACACUGGUCACAUGACAUCUUGGCUAUUCAUACAGUAGAUGGCGUAUGGACUCGAAUAUUAGAAAUGAAACAUUCUUCCUUUUGAUAUGGACUCAUUAAAAACAAUUAGAUAAUCAUAAAGGGUAUUGUUUUUAUUUGAUUUACAUUUAUUCUUAUAUACUAGUACUAAAAAAACUACUGAUAUAUAUAAAUAUAUAUAUAAAUACAGCAAGAUUUUUUUUUCAAGCAGAGAACACUGUAUAGUCCUACUUUGUGUGCCAAUACAAAAGAAAAAAAAGGAAUUUUGUAUCGUUUUAUUAUGUAUAAAAUGUAUUUUUAUUAAUGUCAUUUUUUUGUAUCGAAGAGGUUAAGCAGGCUUUGUAAUUAGAAUGAAAAGAAAUGGUUUACGCAAAAAUCAAAAUGCGUCAUUUGCUUAGGCUUUUCGCUGCUUAAACCUGUAUGAUUUUCCUUCUUCCGUGUUAAACAAAAGUUUACGUUAAGUUUGCUCAUCCAUAUUGAGAAAACAGGCGGUAUACACAUAGGGUUGCUAUAUCCCGGGUAUUUUCCAGACUGGAAACUUUCCAUGGGAAUUAACAGGAAUAUGUGGGAAUUAAUGGGAGUAAACUGGGAAUUUUAAAAAAUUGCCUAUAACAGGGAACUUAAAUUAAGUAAAAAAUGAUGCGGCACAAUUUUGUUUAAAAACAACAAGAUUUAAUGCAGUUUCAGUUAAAAUAAGGUAGCUAGCUAGCCAGUAAAUCAGACAUCUAAAUGUAAGCUAGCACUUUUUCAUUGUGCAUGUAUACAGCUCAAGCUAUUAUAAUAUUCUGUAUAAUAUUAUUCUGUUAUUAUACAGAAUUGCUGUACCACCCAAAAGUUUGGACACAUUACUAUUUUUAAAGGUGCAGUGUGUAAAGUUUAGCGGCAUCUAGUGGUGAGGUUACGAAUUUCAACCAACGUUUCAGUCCACCGUUCACCAAAUACAUAGAGAAGCUACGGUAGCCGCCACCAGACAAACAUGUCAUCUUCGGAGACAACUUAGUAAAAAAAGUUUGUCCAUUAAGGGCUUCUGUAGAAACAUGGCGGCACAAAAUGGCGACUUCCAUGUAAGGGGACCCCCGGUGUAUGUAGAUAAAAACGUCUCUUCUAAGGUAAUAAAAACAUAACGGUUCAUUAUAAAAGGUCUUUAUACACCACUGAAAAUAUAGUUUAUAUUGCAUUUUUGUCUAAAGAUCCUUAUAAAAGUAACACACUGCACCUUUAAUGUUUUUGAAAGAAGUCUUUUAUGUUUAUCAAUCCUGCAUUUAUUUGAUCAAAAAUCCUUCAGAAAUCAUUCAUAUUAGAAUGAUUUCUCAAGGAUAUUUGGUCAUAUAAAUCCAUGGCUUGAUGAGCUUAAGUAUUAGGAUUCUUCUAAAUUUGUAUUACCUUGCAUGCAUGUCUGCUUAUGAACAAACAAAAUAUUAAUUUAGUUUAUAUACAUUCUCAAUUUCCAAAUAAUUCCCAUAAAUUCCCGUUAAGUUUCCAAUUUGGAAUAUUUUCAAAAUGUACCGGACCUUUGCAACCCAAAUAUAUAUAUAUAUAUGAGUCAUCAUAUGGGUUUGGCAUGACACUGCGUAAAUGACUAAAACUAUUUUCCGAUUGUCGGUUUUGAUGAAUCUUAACAUCAGAUAUGACUGAAAUGACUCCUCAUCAAAGCUUGUUAAAUGCUUGAAUUUCAAAUGUUUUGUCUUUAUUAUAAUGUUUUGGCUUUUUUAAGGCAAAUUAUGACACCCAAAGGUGUCAUGUUAUAUGCAAAAUAACCAUUAGUGUAACUUUUAUCCCCCUCUUUAAGAUAAACAGUAGGGUAACAAUCUUAAUUUUAAUGACACUUUAUCCUUAGAUAUUUAUGUAUUAGAAAGCCAUGAACCCAAUCUGUAGUAGGUUCAUAAUUAAACAAUGAUAUUAUACUGAAUGCCACCACUGACCUGAAACCUGUCAAGCAUGCUAAAGCAAAUGCCCAAAAAUAAUUACUGCUGAGACAAUGUGGAAUGAAUUUUAAUGUAGGGAUGUUUAACUGGUAAUGAUUAUGAUUGCAUUGAGAAUGGUCUGGCACUGUGAAUUGUGGGUAAUGUCAGGUGAUGAUGAGAAUGCAGGCAUGCAGGUGUUUUUGUGGUGAUCUCCACUGAUACCCGUCAAUAUACUGUAAAUACUUUCUUAUGGUUACUGUAAAUAUUCUUUUCAUAUUUAUUCAUAUGGAUUACAGUCAUCUGAUCUUUGUUUUCCCUUAAAAUCAAUGAUAUGUGUAGACUGCAGCCUACUAAUGGUUUGCCCCCACAAAUCCAGAUUUUUCAGAAAUGCAAUGCGAAUUAUUAUUAUUCAUCUUCUGUUAGACGUGCUUGCUUGUGUAACACUGCAUAAGUUAGUCCUGCUGAGUGAGCCAAUCACAUGAGCUGAUCACGAUUGGUCUUUAUUAAGACGGCAUAUUUGUAUUAAAUGUGACUCGUGACAAAUUUAAGUAUUGGGAGCAAAUUUAAUUUGAUCUUUUAUCUCACAACUCUUGUUUUUCAAUAAAUGUGCUGUUGUUAUGACAGGUUAUUACUGCAAUGUUAAACUGCACUGUAUGCAUCGCUCUGAUGAAUGUACAGUAAUGUGAGACAAUGGACUGAGGAUAUUUGAUGAGAAAUGAGCUGACAUGCUGGUAACAAAAAAGUAGCAAAGCAAAUCAUCACAAAUUAUAAUAUAUAUAUAAAAAAUUCAUUGUCAGAUCUCCAAGUAAACGCACUAUUAGUGCAAUUCGUAUUUCUCGAGUAUUCAAACUAUGCAGUUCCCUUUCUGUAUUUUAACUGCAUUUGGUCUGAAUUGUACAGUUCUGCAACAUCAUGGC